UGCCCAAAACAAGAACAACAAAGGCCCAAAGGUGCCUGUUUGGUAGUGCGCAAAGCUGCUGGUGGUGGUGGAUGUCUCUGCUCUGACGCGCGGCGUGCGCCUGCUCAGUGUGGAGGUGCCGCUAACAGCGGUGCCAGCCGGAGUGGCUGCCUCGCCGGCGGCCGACAUUGAGCGCGGCACGUGUCAGCCGCCGUUCGGGCCGCUGCAGCUGCUGCAGUCGGCGGCGCAGCUGUCCGUCUCCGUGUCGCUGGCCGUGCCGCUGGACCUGCUGCCGCGGCCGGCGCCGGCGCGCUGCGCCUACGGCCGCCUGCUGGCCGUCGUCUCGCAGCACGGCCUGCAGCGCAGCGGCGUGAUGCAGCUCAUCCAACAGCUCAACGAGCCGCCCAUCCCGGCGGCGGCCGAGGGCACCGCGCCGCGCCGGCCGGGCGACGUCAGCACACCUGGCAUCAGCGGCUUCUGCCUGGCCGACCGUCAGCUGCACCUGCUGUUCGCCGAGGGGCGCGCCGACGCUGAGCUGGAACAGACGGCGGCCGCGCCGCGCGCUCUGCCGCGCCGCGACGCUCGACUCUGCCACCAUUCGGGCCUGCUGUUUAGGGAGCGCCUGUACCCGCGCCAGCCGGCCGCGUUCCGCGUGCUCGAGGACCGCCCGCUACGCGCCCAGCUGCUCGACACCCGCCUCUACACGUUACAGAAACAGGAGCCGGCGCGCGCCGUCCGCGCCAUCAGAGAGUGCUUCCGCACGCAGUGGCUGUCGGAAAAUGAACCUGCUUCCCAACGAGGCCGGCCUGCAACAACUGCUGGCCGGCUGUUGGCCGAAAAAAAACGCCUUCAACCGGAUGUCAGUUGUCAAAUCAACGCGUAUUAAUGCAUUCACUAUAGGAUGGGCUUACGUAAAGCUGUAGAAUUGCAAAUAUAUAAUGGCACUGUUUUUGAUCCGUUCGGUAUGCAUUGGUAUCAUAUGAUCUCUCAUUCACAGACGAUCAGCUGCGAAGACCCAGAUCCGUAGUAGAGGGCUCAUCGAGUCUGGGUCCAGCUCCCCGUACUUCCUCCACUUUGGAAACACCGCAGCGCAGACCACAGUUAUACAUAAUAUUUAGUUUUCAUUCACUUCAUAACCGAAGGUUGUUUGAUAGGUGAUAUGCUGCUUGAGUUGCACCCCGGUAUAUCAAUACGAAGCUUCCGUCCCUGCCACAUACCAGUGAAGGAGGCGGCGGC